UGUAUAAAGUGCUAUGACUUUUCGUUGGUAGAUGAACAUGCUUCUCUGUUCCCUCGACACAGUGUCACUUCACUAGAUCAUCUUGCCUAUGAUCUAACUUCUCCUUGGGAAUCAGAGACCGAGAAAUUUAGAGCAAUCUUCACUUGGCUUCAUCACAAUAUCGCUUACGAUGCAGAUGCAUUCUUUUGCGGUAAUGUCCAGGCUUCCACUCCAGAAUCCAUACUUCAUUCCGGUCUGGCUGUAUGUGAUGGCUACGCCGGUCUGUUCGCGUUCUUAGCUGAACGGUCCGGACUGCAAGCGAUGAAAGUCACUGGACAUGGAAAAGGUUUUGGGUAUACACCUACCGAGUCAGGCGGUCCUGUGCCUCAGUAUCAAGGAAACCAUGCUUGGAAUUGUGCUUUAAUGGACGAAGAGUGGCGUCUCAUUGACAGCUGCUGGGGAGCAGGUGCUGUUGAUAGCUCAGGAUUUUGCAAGGGCUUUAAUCCAGUCUGGUUCACUUCCACUCAUGCUGAGUUUGGGAAACGUCACUAUCCUGAAGACCCUGCGUACCAACUUAUAUCAGAUGAAGAAGGUGGUCCUAUAUCUUGGGAAGACUAUAUCCUUGAGCCCGAAGGGCCGUUGCUAUUUAACGACUUCCAUACCCAUAAAUUCUCUCCCCAAUACAUGCAGCCUUCAACAAAGUAUAUCCAGGGUGAAUCCUGGGUUAGCUUUCACCUCUUCAAACUUUGCGAACAUUUAUCGACUACCGAAGCGGAUAACUUCGUCCAUUUCAUUAGUUUGCCUGAUGGAAGUCGGACACCACUUGUUCUCAAUGACUCGGGAGGGUGGAGUGCCACUGUCUAUGUACCAGCAGGAGGAGAUGUGUCUCUGUUCUAUGUCAAAGAGAUUGGCGGAAAAGAUGCUAGAGGGCUAACCAUGAAGGAUUACAGUGCAGCUGUAGGUCGGAAAGCCAUGCAGUUUGGAGGAUUAUGUAGAUGGACUUUGACUUGA